AUGGAUAAGCUGGUUGCAUUAAAAACCCCUUCGCUAAUUGCUCCUAAUUUAUUGUCUAAUUUCGAGUGUCCAAUAUGUAACGAACUAUUUUAUGGAACUGUGCAAAUUUGCGUGAAGGGACACAGUGUUUGUGAGUCUUGUAUUAAACAAUUGGAAAGAUGUCCUAUGUGCGGUAUGUUCUACAAAGGAGGACGAAAUUACAGUUUGGAACAACUGCUGCGCUACAUGAAACUACCUUGCAUGUAUAAUCAUAAUGGUUGUACAAAAUAUUUAGCAACAGUAAAUUUCAAGGAUCAUGUAAAAGUCUGUGCCUACAGGGAUAGAAAAUGUUUUGCUGCAUUCGAUCAGAACGAAGACUGCCAGUGGACCGGAACAAUAGGAAAUAUGGUCAAACAUUUCCAAAAUGAUCAAAGAAUUAGUCAUAGAAAAUAA